CGGCGCAGUGUUGCUCCGUGCGGCGCGCAGACCGGUCCGCCAUGUCGCGCUGACAUCUCGCGCACCUCCUGUCAAACUGACAACUAUCUCACUGACAACCAUCGACUGACAAGUGAAACAAUGUGGCCAGUGCUCAGCCUCCUCGCCGGCGCCUUCCUGGCGACCGCGCACGCACAGAAUGCGGAGAGUACGGGGGAGUUCUCCCCAGUGGUUACGGCGACAUGCAAGACUGGUGUUAUGGCAAUCCACAUACAGUUCAACCAGCCGUUUAAUGGUGUUACACAUGCCAGAGAAUUCAGGACUCCAGCGUGCAUGGCUUUAGGAAAUGGCACCGAGUCUUUGAGUUUCGAUAUCAAUCUGAUAGCACCUCAAGGAGCACCCGACUAUUGUGGCGUGUUUUGGAACAACCGCACAGACGAACGCUCGUUGCCGCUAGCGGUUCGUGUGCACCGAACCUUAGAGUUGGCCGAUGACAAAUUCUACGUAAUCACUUGCGGCAAGGCAGGAUUCAGAAAUGCUCGAAAUGAAACUUCGCUCGUAUCGCUGCGAAUGUUGGACUCACAAGGUCGAAAAGUAUUGAAUGCGGCGUUUGGUCUUCCGUACACGCUCAGAGCCGAAAUCAGCAAGCCUGAUGGAGCACACGGAAUACGUUUGAAGAAUUGUUUUGCUUUCAACAUGCGGAAUUAUACAGCUGAUCUUCUAGACAAUAGAGGAUGUCCUAUGAAGCAACAGUCCCUUGUAGUGAAGUCCGAGACGGGUGCGGCCGAGCUCGCGAUAGCGUCCAUGUUCCGGUUUCCGGACUCCUCACAAGUCAACUUUCAAUGCGAUAUCGCUAUUUGCAAAGGCACGUGUUCUGUAAUCGACUGCAGUACGGAGGCACGUUACGAGAAAGGCGAUGAGGAGAGCACAGUCACCGCGUCCACCGGUAUAUUCGUGCUGGACCCCAAUGACAAUGGAGUGGCAGCACUAGCGUGUUCGGACGGCAGCGUGCGUCCUCUCUGGCUGCUGUACUUGGCCAUCGCGCUCGGUGUCAUGUUCAUCGUGAUGCUACUUGUCAACUGCUUCCUCUGCACCGCCAUGACGUGCUCAUGCGCGAGAACCGAUGUGAUUGAGAAGGACCCAUCAGUGGUGGAGGACUACGACCCGUACCGCAGUUGGCACGGCAGUCAAUAUGGAAGCCGAUACCCAUCCUCAACUAUUCACUCAGCAAGGUCCGUUUCGGACAACAGUGACCACUACGCGAUAGUGCAAUCAAGGCCGGGCAGUCGACAUUCCGGCAUGCACCGAAAUAGACAUUAAUCAGAUAAGAAACAAAUGCAAGCGGAGGCAUUAACGAAACCUACGAACGUAGGAACGAACAUUAUUUAGAUAUCAUCUUAGUCGAUUUACCAAAACUGACCGUUUGUAUUAUCUCUUUGGAUAUGUAAGUAUAUAUUCUAACUUAAAUUAAACUACAUUAUCUACUUAACAACAACGUAAUAGUAAUGGUGCUUUGAAUCUCAAAUAAUAAACAAUUUACUAGACCAGCGAUGUUACCUUUAUAAAAGAAAUACGUUCAAUCGUUCAGAUGAAUUUAACUUGUGCCAUUUUAUAUGCAUGUACCUUAUAUGGUUUGUAAGAUUAUAGGCAAUAUUUUAUGAUAUUAUUGUUAAUUGUAUACCUGAAUCGAUACAACGAAUCCGUCCAAAUUCAUGUGUCAAUUAUUUAAAUUCAUAUUAAUUAUUAUAGAAUAAAAUAAUGAAAAUUAGGUCCUAACUAAGUAAAACUUAAUCUAUGUUUAAGGUUGUGUUUGUACAUUUAUUUGUAGAACUAUUGUUAGGCAUUUAAUAAUUGUGCUUUUAUGACGCACUGACUUAAACUCCGCAAUGUUGUAGACAGUAAAAUAAUGUAAAAAAUCAACGUACUUUAUGUCACUGUCCUUAAAAAAAAUAUAUUAGCUACGAAUAUUGUGUAGGUAUGCUCUUAAAAAAUACUUUCUUUUUUUUAAGAGCCUACUGAUAGAUAAAGGUUCAAAUAGCGCUUAAUCGACUCGUUUUAGAAGAAUCGAUUAUUUCUAUUUAAACCUUAGUUAUAUAUACCUAGAUAGUAAUUAAAACAAAUACCACAUCAUCACUGUGAAAUAAUAUUUAAAUAAUAGUGUAAAUUGCUUAAACGUAAUUAGGAUAUUAAUGAAGUGAAUUAUUAGUUUUAAGCGAGAGUAUCCAUUAUGUGGCUAUGAGUUAGCACUUGAAAAUGGACAUGUAUUUUAUGAGUACGAAUUUUUGAGUAGAAGUAUUAAAAAAAGGAAUGUGUCUGUGUGAAUAUACUAUAAGUUCCGAACUUACGCUAUAAUAAAAGUGUAAUUGAGUGUGAAACCAAUAAAUUCUUUUAACACUGA